AUGGAUUUCUCUGCAAUCAAGAUUCUGUUCAUCUUCAUCUUCAUUUCUUUCACAUACCCAAAAACUAUAGCUCUCAUUUACCCUCAAGAUCUCAUAACCCAUGAUUCUGUUUUUGAUUUUUCACCAUUUUCGCCCUCUUUUUCGAUAUCUCCAGCUCCGAUUUUUCCUCCUACUAUAGAACCUCUUGUUCCUGCUUUGUUCGUAAUUGGUGAUUCAUCAGUUGAUUGUGGUACUAACAAUUUUCUUGGUACAUUUGCUCGUGCUGACAGACUUCCUUAUGGACGUGAUUUUGAUACUCAUCAACCUACUGGACGUUUCUGCAAUGGAAGAAUCCCUGUCGAUUAUCUUGCUGUGCGUCUUGGAUUACCAUUUGUGCCAAGUUAUCUAGGACAGGCUGGUUCAAUUGAAGACAUGAUUCUUGGUGUUAAUUAUGCUUCUGCUGGUGCUGGCAUUAUUUUCUCAAGUGGCUCUGAAUUGGGUCAGCAUAUCUCCCUAGCACAACAAAUAGAGCAAGUUACUGAUACUAUUCAGCAAUUUAUAAUGACUAUUGGUGAAGAAGCAACAGCUGAUCUGAUAUCAACUUCUGUGUUCUACAUUUCGAUUGGAACCAACGAUUACAUUCAUUACUAUCUCCGGAAUGUAUCUGAUAUUCAAUCUGUUUACUUACCCUGGAGUUUCAACCAGUUUUUGGCACAGACAAUGAAACAAGAGAUUAAGGUGCAUUCUGUUGUUAGACUGCGUACUAUAAAUCCUUGUGGUUCGGCCCUUCCCCAGACCCCGCGCAUAGCGGGAGCUUAG